ACAGCAACUGCCUGAACAUGAAGAAAGGAUUAGUUCUCGGAGUUUAUGAGUCAGAGGGUAAAGAAACUGUUGCCCUUACACCCACUGCAACAAAAUAUGACGGCUUUGUUAAAGGACAACUACUGAAAAAUAUUAAUCUGAGAGGCUAACAGAAUCUCGGGCUAUACAGAUCGCGAUAGGGCAAGACAUAGGUCCCAUUAUCUUCUCUCUAUGUUCCCAAAAGACCCUCGUCCAUCCUCGUUACCCGAGCAUUGCCUCGUAUAGGGAGAGUCGUGUUCGAUUAUUCAAAUCGGAGAUUGCAGCGAAACGUUUAACACCGAAGAGCCACGCGCGUUCGCAGUGGGGAAUAAAGAAAAGAAACCGAAAAGAAAGGGAAAAACAUUUACAAGCAGCAAUUUACAGAUGGAGCGGCGUAUUUUCGAGCUCAGAUAAGGAGCCUCGAGUGAUUGAUAAGAAGAUAAAAAACAACGAACGUUUUUGACCGAAUACGCGCACGCACGUACAGUGAAGAGCGUACAAAGGGCGAGGGAAGCGCAGAGCAGUUGAAAAAAAAAAGAAUAUUCAGCUCGAAAGAUGACUGGAGUGGGCGGCGGGGGCCCGAGCAGCGGACCAGGGAGCAGCGGUGGAACGCCAACGGGAAAACGACAUUUGCCAUCGGCAAAUGUUCUGCACGGAAUCAGCGGAACCCUCGAAGAUAAGAACAACGAUUAUUUGUGUCCGAUAUGUUUCGAGCUGAUUUACGAGGCGCACAUAACACGUUGCGGUCACACAUUUUGUUACCGUUGCAUAGAGAAAUCCCUCCAGACAAAUGGGCGUUGUCCGAAGUGCAGUUUCACCCUCGGCCAGCAGGACAUAUUUCCAAAUUUUCUGUUGAACGAGCUCGUCUCGAAGUACAAAACUCGGAUAAAGGGUUUGGCAGAGUUGUCGAAUCAGCACGUCGGCGAUGCCGCGACGAUGGUCGGGGGACAGAGCAGCGAGCAUCACACGCUGCCCCAAUCCGAUGGAUUGAGAAAUUUGUUAGCAGCGGAGAGCGCCUAUUUGACUCUGCCCGAUGUGAACGUCAUGCUCGAAGUAUUAACGCAACGAAAAUUGCUCCUCGAGGCAGAAACUUGCGCGGCCCAGAACAAACUGUUGCACGAGUUUCUCAAGCAUCUUCUCAUGCAGAAAGAGGAACAGAGAAAUCAGCUGCAACGCGAAGUAUCGCUGAUCAAACGGGACAUGGAAGAAGUGGAGAAAAUUUUACUCGAUGUACAAAGCAAAUGCCCGAGAAUCGAGGAUCUCCGUGGAACGAACGAGAACGAGACGUCACAGAUGUCAGCAAUAAGGCGAGAAAUGAUUGAUCUUAUUGACAUUAUUGAUUCGAACAUGGUUAAGGACGGGGCUGAGAUGGACACUGGUCUCAAUAACUCGAAUCCGGCGAAUCAAGCGAAAGAGGCUUUCGCCAAUACGUCGCAAAAACAAUCCAAGUAUUCGAUCGUCUCGACUCUUGCGGUACGAAGAAAAAGGAUGCACGCUCACUUCGAUGAUUUUGUACAGUGUUACUUCGACUCCCGUGCCAAGGACCUGUUGUUCGGUAACCAAAAGUCGCAGACCCAGGUCGACACGACUCACGGUCCCAACACCGGGUUGGACUUUUUCCGAGAAAAUCUCGUCAAAUUUUCUCGCUACAAUUCGCUCAGACCCAUGGCGACGCUCAAUUACUCCUCCGAUAUAUUCAACAAUUCGACCAUCGUCUCGAGCAUCGAAUUCGACAAAGACAAUGAAUUUUUUGCUAUUGCCGGUGUUACGAAACGCAUAAAAGUCUUCGAUUAUGGCGCCGUCAUACGAGACACCGUCGACAUACAUUAUCCCUGCGUCGAGAUGAUAUCGAGCUCCAAAAUAUCUUGCGUAUCGUGGAAUUCUUAUCACAAAGGUAUGCUCGCUUCGUCCGAUUACGAAGGUACGGUAACCGUGUGGGACGCCACAACUGGACAACGCACCAAGGCAUUUCAGGAACACGAGAAGAGAUGUUGGUCGGUCGAUUUCAACGACGUUGAUACGCGCCUUAUCGCAUCGGGUUCUGACGAUGCCAGGGUCAAAUUAUGGUCGUUGAAUAUCGACCAUUCGGUCGCUUCUCUCGAGGCUAAAGCCAACGUUUGUUGCGUCAAAUUUAAUCCCCGGAGCUCUUGUCAUCUGGCCUUCGGCUCGGCUGAUCAUUGCGUCCAUUAUUAUGACCUGAGGAACAUGAAAGAGGCGCUUUGCAUCUUCAAAGGGCAUCGCAAAGCAGUCUCUUAUGUUAAAUUUAUCAACAAGGAAGAAAUAGUCUCGGCGAGCACGGAUUCCCAGCUCAAGAUGUGGAACAUCAAUAAUCCGCACUGUUUACGAUCCUUCGUCGGUCAUGUCAACGACAAAAAUUUUGUUGGUCUCGCCACUGACGGAGAUUACGUCGCCUGCGGAUCCGAAAAUAAUGCGCUUUAUGUUUAUUACAAAGGGCUUACCAAACAAUUGUUUACUUAUAAGUUCGACGCUGUUAGAAGCGUCCUCGAACUCCAGGAGAGACGAGAAGAAGAUCUCAAUGAAUUUGUAUCCGCGGUUUGCUGGCGACAAAUGUCUAACGUCGUCGUCGCUGCUAAUUCUCAGGGUAUCAUCAAGAUCCUUGAACUCGUUUGAAAUAUCUGCGAUACCAUGUUUCUUCUUCAUUUCGUUUUUAUUUUUCACUUUUUAUUCUUAAGAAACGUGUGCAUGUGCUCGCUAAAAGUACUGUGCUCAAAAGUGUACAAAUAUUUUGCGAGAAUUUCUUGAACUUUCGUCGCAACGAUUGCUCCUCGUCGCUUCCAUGGCUCUAACGAAAUCAGAACUUUUUGAGUGAUUCGCUGAGUCUUCUAGCAUUUUUGUUAAACUACUGUACAAAGGUGCGAAUAGGGAGAAACCGAGUGAAAAGUCCAUCGAAAUAUAACGAUACUGAUCACUGUGAGGACUAAGUCAAAUUAAUAAUUUAACAAUCUGCACAGUUAUUCUCAGAAUCUCGCGUAUGCGAAAUGGCUUGAACGGGAUUUACGUGUUUUUGGGAGUUUUUCUAAUUGGCUUUGACCAAGUCUUUCGAUCUUAUUGAAGUUUUUAUUUCAAGUGCGAUCAUUGCAGUGGAGAUGAGUGUUUCCUGUUUAGUUUAAUCGAUUAAUUUUAGUUGCUCUUUUCCUCGUGUGAUACCAAUAUCGUCUGCUAAGAUUAGGGAUCAAAAAAGUGCAGUUUGGCUUUUGUUUCAUGCACUGUGUUCUCCGUUCAUUUGACUUCCAGUUCCAAAUCUUACGAGAAAAAUUUCGUGUAAAUUACGUUUCGUUUAUUCGUCAAUUGGCAGCCUGAUAAGAGCACUGAAAAUUCGAUUUAUGCACAAUAUUCAAACGGUUUUAAAAUCAUAAAUAACACACAGGAAAUCAAUCUCUGACAGAGCUCCUCCGCACAAUCAGUUGACUCGAAAAUUCCUUGUGAAAUAAAUAGCCACGAAAUUCACACGGAUGAGUACACAGGCGAAGAGAAAACGAUAUGAUAUUGAAAAUAACAAGAGUUCUCUCUUGUUAUUUUCAAUAUAAAAUAAUGUCAUGACUGAAUGUACACACACGUAUUCACUUCGAAUGGUAUGGUGAUGUAAGAUAGUAGAAAAUCGAGUCGUUUGACAUUUAAGAUUAGCGAAAAAAAUAGUUUUAAGUUAGAAUUACAAAUUUGUGCCAAUGUAUAGACGAACAAUAUGGACGAGACAACAUUUAUUUCGUUAUUUUCCAAACGUCGUUUGAAAUAAUGUUGAGGAAAGAGUUUAUUUUAGGCCUGAAAAAAUUCUUCGCUGUCAAGAUGAUUUCCGAGAUUGUCAUUUCGUGUUUUUUUAUUUCGAAGGACACAUCUGGGUCUCGUAGUUUAUUGUUCCACUACUCUCGUCUUGAUAAGCUGUAAAAUACAAGUGAUUUAAUAUUAAUUAAUUAGAAAAAAAAAACAGUGUCACUGAAACGUUGAAUUACGUUUCUUGGUGAAACGAGAGAAAACAGCGUUCGUAGAUUCGUGCGCGUUGUGUUUGUUGUCCCGAGUGCAUAAAAUGACUUUUAUGGAAGCGAAGAAUGCGAGUGUUGAUUAACCCACGAGGUCAAGGAAUCGUCGAAGAAAGAGAAGAAUAACAGAAUACGGUUGUUGGCUAACUUCAUUCGAAAAUUUUAUCUUUUUUUCUUCGAUGUGCAACCGUGUGUAACGGUAGUUAAUUAUUCCUCGAUGGUCAAUGUAAACAACUGAGUGAAAAACAAAAUCCAAAAACUUUUGACGAGAGAUGUAAAAGUAAAUAAUUUAGGAGUGGGCGAAAUGAAAUUCUAAGAUUAAAUCUUAAGAAUAGUAUAUUUUUAGAGCGUAUUUAAAAAAACACACACAAACGCAAUCGAUUCAACUUAUUUGAUGUCCAAAGGAGCCUAGAAAAAUGUUGUAAUUCGUAAAUUUACGGUAUUGGUGUCUAUGAAAAACAAAAAAAAAUGAUGAAAAAUCGAUUCAAUUAAAAACAUGAUUUAAACACUUA